UUCAACCAAUACACUGGAAAUAGUUAUUUAUUCCAUUGAAUAAUCAGCUUGAAUGAUUAACUUUCCUGUACAUAAAACUAACUUUGUCUUGAGAGGGCGAAGGGUACCGGUACCAAGCACUAUUCGGAGAAAAGAUGACAUUUUAGUGAACUAGACAAGAACUUUUUAAGCCUUGGAUUUAAUUAUUCAGGCACACAUCAUUUGUUUCAGGUUAAGCUUAUCAUGAAACUACUCUUCCUUUUCAUAAGUUGGCAAUUAUUUGCUAAUUGGAGCUUAUAAAAAGCUUAAAAUCAAUCUUAAGGAUCAUCUAGCUCAGCGGUUUUGCUUUAAGGCUCUUUGAGUUGACAAGGAAUGCAACACUUCUAAUAGGCAACUCACUUCGUUUCAGGACAAAAGCAUUAUUCUUUAACAAACGGAAAAUGGAAGAAAAUAAAGAUAUGGACUCAAAAGAAAGUGGAGAAUAUGAAGACGACUUUGAAAAGGACCUGGAAUGGUUAAUUAAUGAAAAAGAAAAAAGUGGUACCAGCAUAAUAGAGAUGGCUUGUGGGAAUGAAGAGAAUAUUAACCAAGAAUUAAAAGCCAAUGAAACAGAAAUAGAACACACCGAACAACAUUCUGAUCCUGACAAAUCUUCGAAGGAUGAGCUUUCACCAAGAAGAAAUGAUUUCAUUUCUGUACCGAGUAUUCAACCUUUGGAUCCCAUAUCAGAUUCAGAUAGUGAAAACUCUUUCCAAGAAUCCAGAGUGGAAAGCCAGAGAGACCUGGAAGAGGAAGAGGAUGAGGAAGUAAGGAGAUACAUUAUGGAGAAAAUUAUACAAGCCAACAAGAUCCUACAGAAUCAAGAACCUGUGAAUGAUAGAAGAGAGCGAAAACUCAAAUUCAAAGACAAAUUAGUUGAUCUGGAAGUUCCUCCGCUGGAAGACACUGACAAUCACAAAAAUUAUUUUGAAAAUGAAAGUAGUAUGUCAGGAAAACUGUCACAGUUAUGUAUUUCCAAUGAAUUUGGACAGGAAAAUGUGCUCCUGUCACUAACUGAUGGAAACGGUGAAGAAAACAAGGAUAGGAAAAUACUAGUAGAGAGAGAUGGAAAGUUUGAACUUCUGAAUUUACAAGACAUUGAGAGUCAGGGGUUUUUGCCCCCCAUUCAUGCUCAUGGUACAGAAAAUGAACCUCAUCAGUUGUCCCCCAGAUCUUCCAACUCAAGUGUCAAUGGGGCAAAGAAGGAAGAGUCUAUAGCAAGGAUUCAUGCAGUUGCUCACUCAUCAGCAGAAGAGCCACUGGCUUACCUCCCUCAGCCACCGCCCAACCCCAAGACACGUCCGAGCUCUGCUGUCAACUCAGAUCGAAGUAAGGGUAAUGGGAAAUCUAAUCACAGGACCCAGUCUGCAAAUGUAUCUCCAGUGACCUCAACAUACUGUCUUUCCCCUCGACAGAAAGAACUGCAAAAACGGCUAGAACUGAAGAGAGAAAAGCUAAAGAGAGAGGAAGAACAACGAAAAAUAGAAGAAGAGAAAGAAAAGAAAAAAGAGAAUGACAUGGUAUUUAAAGCAUGGUUGCAAAAGAAAAGAGAGCAGGUCCUAGAAAUGAGGAGAAUUCAGCGAGCAAAACAAAUCGAAAACAUGAAUAGUAGACAGGAAAACAGAGAUCCACAGCAAGCUUUUCGAUUAUGGCUUAAGAAAAAGCAUGAAGAGCAGUUGAAAGAAAGAAAGACAGAAGAACUACGAAAGCAAGAGGAAUGCUUAUUCUUCCUUCAAGGAACAGAGGGCCGUGAGCGGGCCUUCAAACAAUGGCUGCGAAGGAAACGGAUUGAAAAACUAGCAGAGCAACAAGCUGUCAGAGAAAGAACUAGACAGCUCCGACUGGAAGCAAAGCAUUCUAAACAACUACAGAACCACCUGUAUAUGUCAGAAGCCAAAGCAUUUCGUUUUACUGAUCAUUAUAACUGAGAGUAUCUAUUAAACAUUUCAUUUGGAAGCUGCUAUUCUCAAAAUUUUAGAUAUCAUUUCUUAUGGCCUGUGCUUUGGUCAUACUCUAAAUUAUGGAAAUCCUUUUUAUCUUUUGGCAAUACUGACAGUGAAUUUCUUUUUUUUUUUUUAAACACUAAACAAAAUAAAUUUUUUCUCUCGCAGUGUUGUAUUAUGUUAUACCAUCUCGUAGUCCAUGCAACAAAUUGAACAAUAAAUGAGCUCUAGAUUC